AUGGCUGAUGAGAUGGUUACAUCAAAACAAUCGUCCCAGGCCAGUACUUUUCGAUCAAUCAACAUCUUGGUUGUAGAUGAUGAUACCACAUGUCUUUCCAUUGUUGCUGCUAUACUUAAAUCAUGGAAUUAUGAAGUUGUGACAGUCAAACAUCCAAUCGAAGCUUUGUGUACCCUAAGAAUUAGGGGUGGCUCCUUUGAUCUUGUAAUAACGGAUGUGCAUAUGCCAGACAUGAAUGGAUUCGAGUUACAAAAGAAAAUUCAUGAAGAGUUCAAGUUACCUGUAGUUUUUAUGUCGGUUGAUGACAAAGACGGUAUCAUAUUAAAGGGGUUACAAAGCGGGGGUGCAUUUUUCAUAGUAAAACCGAUUGCCCCAGAUGAGCUGAAAAAUUUAUGGCAAUAUACAGUUGCAAAGAAGAAAGGCAAAACCAUUAUCGAGGAAAUUGGGAGUAACGAAGAAAUGUCGGUUCAAGAAACAUCCCAAACUGACAAAGGUUCCAAUGAAGAUGUAGAGUCUACAUCGUCUGCAAACAAGUAUAGGAAAAGCACAAAGGAGUCUAAGAGAAAAGCCCUGCCAAAGGACACAAACAAUUUUGACAAGGGAGAAAACAAGGACGAUUGUACUACCCCGAAGAAGGCAAAGGUUGUCUGGACAAAUGCACUCCACGGCCAGUUUUUGGAAGCCAUUAGAAGCAUAGGCCUUGAAAGGGCUGUUCCAAAGAAAAUUCUUGAGCUCAUGAAUGUGCCAGGAAUAACUAGAGAAAAUGUUGCCAGUCAUUUACAGAAGUAUCGAAUUUUCUUGAAGCGAGUUUCUCAAGCAAGCUAUAAAAUUCAAUCUGCCACUGAAAGGAACAUGGUUGAAAGGACCUUUCGAUCAACUUUCGCAUCGGGACGACCUUCUUCCUCAAUGUUCAAUAGAUCGCAGCUGCGAUGUGGAGGGUAUAUCCCAGUUCCCAACCUUGGCAAUAAUAUUUCAUGUUGUUCUACCCAGGAAACUUCAUCUACCAACUUCUCCAUGCCUCGAUUCGGAUGCACCCAAUCACUUCUACUAUGCAAUCAAGGUAAUUUGAAGAAACCAACCAUUGGCAAUGGUAGUGCAAAACGUCCUUAUAAUCAUCAAACCAGUUUGUUGCUCCAUGGAAAUACUUCAGGUGGCACUGGCCUCAUGACUGGUCCAAAUUUGUUCGAAAUGUACCAACAAAAGAAUCAACUAGCACCACAGACACAGAGCUUUAACAAUGGCAUGUUGAACUACAAUUCUACUACAUGUGGAGUUCACGGCUACAAUGAUGUCGGUAUCACAGGCUAUGGAAAAAUGGGGGCUUUCAACAAUUCUAAUAACUUGAACCUUAAACCUAAACCCAAUGGCAAUUCCUACAAAAAUAAUGAUGCUGGAUACCGAAUGGCUGGUGAUGGGAGGUUUGCUGGAUUAGGAUUUAAGGGUGGGGAGGCAUCAACAAAUUAUAACAGUAACAAUUUCUUGAUGAAUGGGAAACAAAAUAAUGAAAGUAUGAUUACUAUGCCGUUGUUGAGUGGCAAUUUUGGUGAUCAUUUGGCACAAGAAGUGAUCACUUCUAAUGGGUUUCAGAGCCAAGGUCAAGUCUCGCCAACAACAUUUAAUCGUGCCAUCCAACAAGAAAACAAUUCAGUGACGCCAAUGCCAUCCACACCUCUAGUGCAACAAAACAGUUUUGGGAAUGGACAGGGAGAAAGUGACCGUUUCUUUGGUCUGUUGGAUAAUGUCUCAGACUUUGAUAGCAACUCUUUCCUACAACCAUUUGGAGAAGAUGAUCUUAGCUUUAAUUUCUUGAACCAAAUCAACAUUCAAUCUCCAACUCAGCAAGAUGGUUCUUUCAGUCAAUAUCAUGUGGAAGCUAACCUACUAGUGAACCAGCAGUCCCUUGGACAGAAACCUGGUGGUGGUGAGAUGGUCUCAAACUUUGACAGUGCCAAGAGUCAAUCAGAUGAAUAUGUUCCAUCAUUUGAGCAGAACCCUAGUCAAGCAAGUUUUGUGUCUAGUUGA